GUUUGGUCGGCUAUGUGGCACGUUCGAGGUAUCCAUCUUACCUUCAGUGAUGGCUGGGUCAGCCCCAUCCGUGGGAGCACGACCGGAGACAUCACUGAACAAGGAGUCAUCGAAUGGGAUGGACCUGUGGCGAAGAUCAAUAGGGCAAACAACUGGGACGGUUAUGGAGGUGAUGCAGUAGGACGCAUCUGGAUCGAUGCUGGCGGCAAGUCCCUCAAUGUUGGGAGCGACACUGGCAGCUAUGGAGGUGAGCCGGUGGAGCUGCACACUGGCGUUCUGUUGGGCGCCCACGGUCGAUCCGGGGACUUCUUGGAUACCUUGGAGUGGAUGCUCAUGUCUGCCGACAUUAUUGAUAGCGAAGUCACUCAAUUCAAGUUUCCUCCCGAGACUGCCAAUCUCGAAGAGUGGAACGAGAAACAAAAGGGCAUGGAAAACAUCUCCCUGGAUGAUCUCUACUACUCCAACGACAGCCCAGCAGGCUCCUCCAACCAAACAUUCGAGUUUUCCAAAGGUGUGGAGAAGACCGUCAGCAAGACGGUCACCGACCAAGACAGCCACGCCUUCGGUGUCUCCAUUGGCUUCAAGAUAAGCGCAGAGAUCGACGUCCCGCUACUUGCAAAGGUCACGGCCGAAACCAGCACGUCCUACUCGUACACCUACACCAAAACCCACAGCGAAUCCAUAUCGACGUCCGAUAAGAUGCCCAUCACGUACAAACAAUCCGGCACCCUUGCUCCUGGACAGGCUAUGCACUGCACCGCGUUGACAUCGAGCGGUACUUUUUCAAGCGACUUUACCGCUGUCACGCGUAUCACGCUCGGGGACGGCAAGACUUUCGACAUUGAGCAGCCGCACCACUACGAAAGUGUCGGGUGGACCAAUGCUCAAUCCAGCUGCAAGCUAGUGCCGAGAGACCAGAUUCCCUCCGGCGCUCUCAUGGGCGAGACAAUGCCUUUGAAGAAACGUUCUAUUGCUGGGAGACUUUGGAUGUAACCAAUGCGAUAUCACGACCUACGCCUUACAGAGAGAACUCCUUUGGUGGUUGAUUUUGGGGAUAAUAGGUUGUUCAGUGUGUAAAGAUGAUUGCAGAUGUCGGGAUGUGGAGGCAU